CCACCCCCCCCACUCCCUUCUUUCCUCUUUUUUAUUACCCCAUUAUUGUUCAGGGAAUCAGCCUAGCCAAGAAGAGAUUACAACGCCAGAAGCUAAGUCACACUGAUCAGAGCAACAAAAAAAGUACACCAACAAUGUCUUCCACCCCAACAAAUGAAUGGCAAACCUACUGGUGUCAUGAAUGUGACCUCAGCAUCCACCUUCUCACCACCACCACUCCUCUUUGCCCUCACUGCCACCAUGACUUUCUUGAACUCAUGGACCCCAUUCCCACCUCCACCGCCGCUGACACCACCACUUUCCUCCUUGACAGCCCCUCCUUCCUCAACUUCCUUCAACAUCUCAACACCAAUAGCCAUUGCGAUUGUGAAGAUGAUAAUAUAAACGCCACUAUUGACUCUAUCAUCCCCACCAUAAAAAUCACUUCUUGCAUGCUAGAAAUGGAUCCAAUGCUUGUGUGUGCAGUGUGUAAAGAUCAGUUCUUGAUUGAUGUUGAGGCCAAGCAGCUGCCCUGCAGUCACUUGUACCAUCCAGGCUGCAUUCUCCCCUGGCUUUCUAACCACAACUCUUGUCCUCUCUGUCGCUUCCAGUUACAAACGCCAGUAGUCAGAGAGGAGAAUUUGGAAAAUUGGUCUCCUGAUCAUCCUCAUCAUGAUGCUAAUCAUGCUCAUGUCGGGGUUUUGUCCACCUCUCUUCCUCCACACUUUUGGGCAUAAUAUAGAUUAGGAGAUCUUUGCAAGCAUGUCUAGCUCUGGCAUGGUGUCCCUGCACAAUUGGGAUAACCAGGUCUUGUUAGCAAGCUAGUUAGUUAAUUUACGCAUAUAUGGUACACUGUUUCUUUAUAUCAGGCUGAGACUUGGUAUUGGUCAUUAACUAACUAAUACAUGUCCAUUUCAGAAUUUGAAUGCAGGUAAAUAAACGCUUCUGGGGAUUUUGGGUUUUUGGUUUGGAAUUGAUCGAGUGAAGUGUAAAUCAACAGUGAACGAUUGUGUUACACAAAGAACUUGUGAUGGUUGUGCAUCUCCUUCUCCCCUUCAGACUUUCACUAUGGAUAUUGUAAAGUAAUACCUUGUUUGGGAUUGGAUUUUGGCCAGAAAUACAGCGUGGUUGAAUUGAUUUUUCUUCGUCC